AUGCACGUUGCAUGUCGAUCCAAUAAUACCGAUAUGCUGCAGCUGCUGGUCAAUUUUGAUGGAAUUGAUGUGAAUGCGGUAAAUGGAGUUGGGUGGACAGCACUUCAUGAGGCUUCCUCAAAAGGCAAUGUUGCUGCCUUGAAAAUCCUUCAUCGACUGAAAGCUAACCCUAACAUCGCCGAUAAGGAAGAUUGGACUCCAUUACAUGUAGCAGCAGCGGCUGGACAUACAAAUGUUGUGGAGCUGCUGAUCGACAAAUUUGGCGGUUCAAUACGAGCACGAACUCGCGAUGGCAGUACAUUGCUGCAUGUUGCUGCACUUAGCGGUCAUGCCGAAACCGCACUGGUAUUCCUAAAACGUGGCGUACCGUUACACAUGCCCAACAAACGAGGUGCACUGAGCCUACACUGCGCCGCGGCUGCCGGAUUUAAUGAUGUUGUUCGUAUGCUCAUUUCCAAAGGAACCAAUGUCGACAUACGAACCAGAGAUAACUAUACGGCUUUACACGUUGCAGUACAAGCAGGGAAAGCAUCUGUAGUGGAAACAUUGCUCGGAUAUGGUGCAAAUGUGGAUAUUCAUGGUGGUGCAAUCGGCGAAACAGCGCUACACAUUGCCGCAUCGUUGACCACCGAGGAUGCAAUUGACUGUGCAAUGAUGCUCCUGAAAAGUGGUGCACAACCGAAUGCUGCGCGAAAUGAUGGUGAAACGGCACUGCACAUCGCUGCAAGCAAUCCGCUUCCGGGAAUGAUACAGCUGUUGCUCAGUGAAGGCGCCGAUCCUCAAAUCACAUCAGCGAGGAGCGAAAGCGCAUUGCACGUGGCAGCACGGAGCUGCAACAGUGAAGCAGUAUCGCUUAUCUUGGAACACCUCGCCAAGCAACUUUCACCACAUGAAAUCAACGAAUUCGUCAAUGCGCGAACAGCUCAGGCUGGCUGGUCACCACUGAUGGAAGCAUGUGCGCUCGGUCAUCUCGGUGUUGCGCGGAUUCUGCUCCAGCAUCAUGCUCGGGUUGAUGUUUUCGAUGAAAACGGCCGAACGGCUCUCCAUCUAGCUGCUGCUAAUGGCCAUCUCGAGCUUACAGAUUUACUGCUAAAAAAUAAAGCAUUUGUAAACAGGUUUUAA